AUGACUAAUAACAACAACAACGAUAACAAGGAUGCUGCUGCCAUCCCUGAUAAGGCCACUGAGCAUUCAGAAGCAGCCAACAGUCCUAGAAGAAACCCCAACGAUCAAGAGGAGGCUAUCGCCCCACCAAGGCCAACAGUCCAACGAUCUACUCUCGAAACCGGUGGACCUUCUUCUGUUUCUGGUCCUGCCGGGCCGGCAGGAACUGAAGUUGGUGCAUCUCCUGCUGCCGUGACUUUAACUAGUGGUGCUAGCCCAUCAACUCCUGUAAGAAUUGGAGGGAGUGGUACUGCUGUUGUUGAUCCCAGUACUACUGUUGCUGCUACUGGAGUGGCUGGAGAAGGGUCGUCCUCGAGAAAACGAUCUGGAAAGGGUGAAGAGAGCAGUCCUCAUGUGUCAAAGAAGGCUAAAGGAGAGAUGGACAUUAAUCCUGACGCUGAACCGACGUGCUCUACAUGUGGCCGAACAUUUGCCUCCUGGAAGGCAGUGUUUGGUCAUAUGCGAGCACACCCUGAUCGCGGCUGGAGAGGUGCCUUCCCCCCUCCGGAAUGGUCUCCAGAAAAGCCUACUGACCAGCAGGGAGAUCAAAGUGCUCUACGAAGCCAAUUAGCACCCAGGCUGCUAAAUUUGGCAAUAAACACUCUAAAUCGGAUGAAGCACGAUCAAGGUCAUGAGGCUGGUUCUUCGACAAAUCGAAGAAACUUUGAUUUGAAUACGGAACCACCGAGAGAAUCAGAAAGUAAUUCUGGAUCUUCUUCUCCCCCAAGCAGUGGAAACCGGUUUGAUCUUAAUAAACCUCCGAAAGCUGAUCAUAACAAUGGCAACGAGGGAGCAUCCAAAUAA